GCCGAGCCGAGCCGGGCCGAGCGGCGCCGCCGGCAGCAGCGCCCUGCGGGAAGUGCAGCAGGGAAGGCAGCAGCAUGUCGCCGCUCCGCGUCUGCAUCGUCGGCUCGGGGAACUGGGGAUCAGCCAUAGCAAAAAUCAUUGGCAACAAUGUCCAGAAGUCCAACAGAUUCGAUCCUGUCGUCAAGAUGUGGGUAUUUGAAGAGAUCAUCAACGGAAGAAAACUCUCAGAAAUAAUCAACAGUGAACAUGAAAAUGUGAAAUAUCUUCCUGGUUAUAAGAUACCUAAAAAUGUGGUGGCUGUACCAAACGUGGCUGAAGCAACAAACGGGGCAGACGUUUUUGUAUUUGUUUUACCUCAUCAAUUCAUUGGACGAAUCUGCGACCAGAUUGCAGGUCAGAUAAAACCCGGAGCGUUUGGGAUUUCGCUGAUCAAAGGGAUUGAUGAAGGUCCUGAAGGCCUGAAGCUCAUCUCUGACAUCAUUCGAGAGAGAUUGAAAAUAGAAAUCAGUGUGCUUAUGGGAGCCAACAUAGCCAAAGAAGUGGCUGAUGAGAAGUUCUGUGAAACCACCAUUGGGUGCAAAAAUGAAGAACAAGGGCAGAUAUUUAAAGAAUUACUGCAGACCCCCAAUUUCAGGAUUACCGUGGUGGAUGACUGUGAUACAGUGGAGAUCUGUGGAGCCUUAAAAAACAUAGUAGCAGUAGGAGCUGGGUUCUGCGAUGGACUGGAUUUUGGCGAUAACACCAAGGCAGCAGUUAUACGGUUAGGCCUCAUGGAAAUGGUGGCCUUUGCAAAGAUGUUCUGCAGAGGACCAGUAUCAAUAGCCACUUUUCUAGAAAGCUGUGGCGUUGCCGAUCUAAUCACUACCUGCUAUGGAGGACGCAACAGAAAAGUAGCAGAAGCCUUUGCUCGCACUGGAAAAUCCAUUGAGGAACUGGAAAAUGAGAUGUUGAAUGGGCAAAAACUACAAGGUCCUCAAACUUCAGCAGAAGUCUACAAGAUCCUGAAACAAAAAAGCAUGCUUGAUAAGUUUCCAUUAUUCACGAGUGUCUACCAGAUCUGCUAUGAGGGUAGAGCAGUCCAGGAUUUCAUCUCGUGUCUGCAAGAUCAUCCAGAACACAUUUAGAAAUAUAUUCUACUUACCUGGUCGUGUACACAUCUUUUCAGGACUUCUACCCAGUUCACAGCAAAUAAAGUAGACAAACAGGUUGUGCGGCAAUACUUGCUGUGAGAGCAACAGAGAAUGUAUUUCAGUACCCUCAUUCUGGGUUUAAAAAAAAAAAAAAAAAAAAAAAAAAAAAAAAAAAAGUCCUCAAUUUCAACAUUAUAUCCAAGGAAAAGGAAAUGAAUAGAGAAUUAACUGUAUUUGAUUUGGGUUAGUAAUUUGGGCAUUAGCCCAGAAUUAUUUUCUUGUUGAUUAAAACCAGUUCCUGGUGUUAUUUCCCACAGCAAAGUUCAAACAAAAUUGCUUACGUGAGGCUCAGUAUUUUGCCUACUAAUGUUACUGUUAUAAAAACCAGCACAAGAUACAGAAAGUUUGAAGAACUCCUCAAAACAAGAAGUAAUUAAAAAGUCUGACAGCAGUAAGAUGCAAUUAUGUGGGCAAACAUGAGAUUCCAUAAUCCCCCCCAAACACAAAUAGCGCAACAUUUUGCAUUUUAUGACAUUUGGUCCUCCCCUGCCCUGAUUUUGUUUCCCAAUAUAAGCCUCUCUGGGGGGAAAAAAAAAGUACUGUUAUUGGAUUAUUGGGCUCAGACACACAUGAAUGUUCAAUAAGUGUAAAAUGAAACAAUUUGGGGAGGAGAAAAAGGAAAGGAGGACGACUGUUUUUUUGAAUUAGGAUAUUUAGGAUCUUCAGUAGUAAUUUGAUUUUAUGUAUAUAUAUAUAUAUAAAUACAUUCCCUUCAAGUACAGAUUUUUUUUUUGACUAAGCAAAUACAUUUAUCUUAAGAAAUCUGUACACUAAGUAGUGUUCAUUAAUUAGCACUAACAGAGAGGAGACCUGAAAAAGAGAUUGACAACUAGGACUUACGCACAACUGAAGUUGCAUCCUGUGCAAUGCUGUUAUUUUGAGGACACAAAUAGUAAGUGAAAAGGCGUCUGUGAUACUUGACUUUUUAUAAAUGCGCAAAAAUGACCGCUAUAGACGCACAGAAUUCCUAUAAAAUUAUAUUCGAAACUGAGCUGCUUUUUAACUCCUCCAGAAAACCACUGGACAGAAACCAGUGCAACUCCCUGCAUCUUUCCACGGAUUGCAAGAAACUAAUGCCCUGAUCUCACCAUAGAUUAAGCAAAGCAUCACACACUGCACUCCUCAAGUGAGAUGCCUCUGUCUACUUCUCAAUUUUAGACACAAAGUGGUUCAUAUACCAGUUUUUAAAACCGGUUUUUAAUUUUGUUACUGAUAGCACAGAUUUUAAAAACAAGUUUUUUAAAAAUCUGAUAACUGUACUUGGAUAACUUUACAUACCUGAUGUUUUUCAGAAUUAAAACCAUCUAUGAAAGGAAGUGGCACAUUUUGUAUGCUCUAACACCCAUCUGAACAAUAUUUUAUUUAUUUUUAAGAGAGGACAGGAACAAAAAGUAAUUACUUUUUGCUUUGCUUCUAUCCUAUUUUCCAAAACACUAGUAGAGAAGCCAAGAGUUCUUUCAGUCUCCGUGUAUUUACUGACAUUAAAAAAAGGUAAAUAGAUUACUCCGCAUUUUAGACGAAUGUUGUCAUGUCUUUCACAUUUAUCUGAGUAAUAUAUAUGAAUGUAUAUUUUUAAGUCUCAGACUCACGGCUAGCAAAGCUAGCUCGGGUACCAGAAAUUGUGUUUGUAGCAUGACAGAGCGCUGCCAAACUGCGAUGACAUUAGCCCACACGAAGGCUCCAGGCUGGACGACAUGAACUGCUCUCCCACCUGCGGCAGGUCACAGCUAAUAGCUCAAGCCUCAACACUGCAAUGUAAAUAUUCCUUCAGCUGAAAUGGGAAUCAUGUGAUUAGGUCUUUUAUACAGCACUGGAAAACAAAGAAAAGAUCCCAUACAGCAUCUUCCAUUUCAAGUGAGAAAAAAAAAAAAAGACUUAAAUAUUGGAUAACUGUAAAUAUCAAAAACAUGAUUGUGGGACAGAGAAUUUGAGAACCUCCUCAAAUCACAAUCAGGCUGAGCUUCUGAAGAGUCAGUUAUGAUAUAAUAAUAAUACAGAACAUUUUACAUGCAAAGUGUAUCAAGCAUCAGUUUGAUAGUGAUCAAUAAAUGUGAAAUGAUAUAAUUUCGUUUUUCAAAAUUCCCAUAAAAAUAAAUGACUGUUGUAAUAA